AGCUUAGAGGAGGGGGAGGCGCACAUGCAUUGAGAGAGAGACACUCACACACACAUAUAGCAGCAGCCACAUUUUCACAGCGUGCUCUUCAGACUGACAGCAGCAAACGGAGGAGUUGGGAGUCGGCACGAUAGAGCGAGGCUCGAACAGAAAGGGGACUGGAAACAAGGGAGGCAUCCACAGAGGAGAGGAGACUGCACAGGAUUGUCCCCAUUUAGUCCCUUUUGGCUCUCCGGGAGCCUUUAAAGGAAUCUGCCUUGUACUCCUCUUCAACUGAACUUGCUGUGCACCUUGCGAUGGCAGCCCCGCUGGGUCAUGGGAACACUGUCUCCCUCUCAUCUUGUUCCUCUUAUCCUUGGACUACCCUUCUCUGGGCUCUGUUGACCUUUUUAAGUCAAGUGUGUGGCUUUAACCUGGAUACUACUCACACCUUGCAUAAGCUGGGGGACCACGACACCUUUUUCGGUUUCUCUCUAGCACUUCAUCAACAGCUUACCCCAGAGCCCCAGAGCUGGAUCCUUGUGGGUGCACCGCAGGCAGCAGGGCGGGGCCAGUUGCGGGGGAGUCGACCAGGAGCCUUGUUCAGGUGUCCAAUCACACCAGAGGAAUAUGACUGUGAGAGGGUGGAUAUUGAUGGAGAAGUGAGCCUGAAAAGAGAAAGCAAAGACAACCAGUGGCUGGGAGUCACUGUCAAGAGUCAGGGGAUUGGAGGAAAGGUGGUGACAUGUGCUCACCUGUAUGAGCUCAGGCAACGCGUAAGUCAGCCUUCAGAGACUCGUGACCCCAUUGGACGCUGCUACGUCCUUAGUGAGGAUCUGACAGAGCGAGAUGAUCUGGAUGGAGGAGAAUGGAAGUUCUGCGAGGGCCGGCCACAGGGACAUGAGCAGUUUGGCUUCUGUCAGCAGGGCCUGUCUGUCAGCUUCACCCCAGACAACAACUUCAUUCUGUUUGGGGCCCCUGGAACAUACAACUGGAAAGGUGAGAUUCGUGUCCAGCUCCUAAACCAGACUCUGCUUGACCUUGGUUUCUAUGAUGACGGACCCUACGAGGUGGCAGAUCAGAAACAACUUAAUGCCCAGCUCAUCCCUGUGCCCUACCACAGUUACCUGGGGUUUUCAGUGGAUUCGGCCAUGGGGAUAAUGAGCCUUGGGGAGCUGACAUUUGUGGCGGGUGCACCUCGGGCCAAUCACACAGGGGCAGUGGUGCUGCUGAAGAAAGAUAAUGUGUACCGGCUGGUGCCACAGCAUAUUUUCUGGGGGGAGGAGCUGGCAUCUUCAUUUGGGUACUCGGUGGCUACGACAGAUCUGAAUAGGGACGGCUGGACAGAUCUGAUUGUUGGAGCUCCUAAUUUCUUUGACCGUAAGGCAGAGAUUGGUGGGGCUGUGUAUGUGUACCUAAACCCCUUCGGCCACUGGGACGAUCAGGCUCGGCCCAUCCGUCUCAAUGGGACCUAUGACUCCAUGUUUGGAAUGACAGUCAGCAACAUUGGAGAUCUGGACCAGGACGGAUACGGAGAUAUUGCUGUCGGGGCACCAUUUGAUGGACACGGCAAGGUUUUCAUCUACAGAGGCUCAGAUGCUGGAAUUGAAACUAAACCUGCUCAGGUGCUGGAUGGACGUGACUUUGACGUGAGACGUUUUGGAUACUCCAUCUCAGGUGGUUUGGAUAUUGAUAAUAACCAGUACCCAGAUGUUGCAGUGGGCUCUCUUAAUGAUUCAGUGGUUCUCUUCAGGUCUCGUCCAGUCAUCCAUGUGAUCAGAGAUAUAUCUAUCAACCCCAAAUACAUUGAUCUGCAGCAAAAUAACUGCAAGGGCAGAGACGGAGUCUGCGUGGAGGUCGAGGCCUGCUUCACCUACACAGCCCACCCACAACACUACUCACCACACAUUACCCUGGUGGUGCACUUUGAAGCUGACACGGAGCGCAGGAAGCUGGGCCUCCCUCACCGUGUCAACUUCCUGGGCCGCAGCUCCCUGGAGCCAGAGUAUACACAGACAGAAGAAGUAGAGCUGCAUCGGCAGCGUCAUCCUGUGUGCGUCACCGCUGUCUUCCAGCUUCACGAGAGCAUCCGUGACAAACUGCGUCCCAUUACGUUGGCAAUAACCCACACUAUCAAGCCUGUGCCACCACGCAGACACUCAGGUGCCAAGAGGCUGGAGAAGCUGGCGCCUGUCCUGAAUGUUUCCCCCUCCAACACACUGCACUCUGAGGUGAACUUCCUGCGAGAAGGAUGCGGCAUUGACAAAAUCUGCCAGAGCAACCUGAAGCUGAGCUACCAGUUUGGAACGCGACCUCUGACCUCUGACCUCUUCACCCCUCUGCCAAAAGAUGAGGAUGAUGUGCAGGUGUUCUCCUUGUCAGAUCAGCGCCUGGUGGUGCUGGAGAUCACCGUCACCAACAUGCCCUCUGACCCCCUGCACCCUGAGGAGGACGGAGAUGACGCCCAUGCUGCUCAGCUGUUUAUCUCCUUUCCAAGCACUCUGUCGUAUGCUGGCUCUAGGAUCCCACCACAGAUGAGAUGCCAAGCAAACGAGAACGGCUCUCAAGUUGAAUGCGACCUGGGAAACCCUAUGAAACGAGAUACUAAGCUUAAGUUCUCUAUCAACCUGAGCACAUCUAACAUCACAAUUGAGACCACUGAGUUGAAAGCAGAUCUCUUACUGACAACUAUCAGUGAGCAGCCUGACCUGGCACCCAUCACAGCUUUUGCUAAAGUUGUGAUAGAGCUCCCUCUGUCUGUCAGUGGACUGGCUCGUCCUCACCAGCUGUUCUUCAGUGGGACAGUGAAGGGAGAGAGUGCCAUGACCAGUCUGGAGGACAUCGGCAGCCCUGUGGAUUUUGAGUUUGUGGUUGCCAAUCCCGGGAAAGCUCUGCAGACAUUCGGCUCGGCCUUCCUCAACAUCAUGUGGCCUUACGAGCUGGCCAAUGAGAAGUGGCUCCUGUAUCCCGCAAGCUUGAAAUUUGAGGGUCACCCAGACACAUGGUGCACUUCAUCUGUGGCCCUGAAUCCUCUGAAGCUACAGAGCUCCGCAAAUGCAGAACCUUCACAGCCUGUCAAUCAUACUGCUGGGCGAUCGCGCCGCUCGCACCCAGAGGAUGAAGGUCAAGAGAAGACAAGAGGCAGUGUUGGACGGACAACCCCAGCUGUAGCAGCCUCAGAGAGACGCAAGUCACUCAAACUGGACUGUCUCUUGUGGUCGGCACGCUGUGUGCUGUUUCAGUGUCCCCUCCACAGCUUCUCUGGUCAGGCUGUCCUCAAGAUCCACGCCAGGCUGUGGAACAGCAGUUUCAUAGAGGAGUUCUCAGCAGUCAGUGCUCUGGAGCUGCUGGUCAGAGCCAACAUCACCGUCAAGUCCAGCAUCAAACAUCUGGUCCUCAGGGAUGCUGCUGCACAGGUUCCACUAAUGAUUUAUCCUGAGCCUGGUCUCACUGACCAGUACUGGAUCCCCUGGUGGAUCAUCCUCAUAGCUGUCCUGGCAGGCAUUUUGCUGCUGACACUACUGGUCUGCAUACUGUGGAAGUGUGGCUUCUUCCAGCGGGCUCACUACAAAGACAAAUUGCCUCAAUACCACGCGGUGAAGAUUCCUCGUGAGGACCGGCCACAGUUCCAGCCUGAGAAGUCAGGAGUUGUCCAUAAAAAGGAAUGGGCCACGCACUGGAGUGAUGGGACCUCGUAACUCCCUAUGAAGCACUGACUGACUGAAUUAAUUCAAAUCACCUCGUGUGGCGCUCAUUCUGUCUUUUCAUUGGAACUAAUGGACUAAAAAAGUGCACAUAGACUGAGAACAUGACAUCUUGUGCACUCUGUACUGUCUCGGUACUUACAUAUUGGUGGUCUGUUACACUGUGACUACUUCUAUAUUCUCCUAUACUGUAGCCCCCUGAUGGCUGGCCAUGGAUAGUCUAUUUAAACUGCGCAUCUGUGUCAGUGUUUUACAGUAAAUACUGAAGGCCAGCAACAAUAUUAGAACCAGUGUAGCUCCUCAUAAUGUUUUACAGCCUGCAGGAGCACUGAUGCUCACAUGGACCUCACUGCCUGCCAUCAGGUUUGACUGGCAGGACAAUGGAGGAAAGAAAAGCAAAACUCAAAGACAUGCAUGAAUGCACAGACAUACGGUAUGAUAUUAGACGCAUAAAGAUGCACUGGACAUUGCUGAUGAAGAAUCUACUGCCUGUGACAAAUACUACUUUUUGCCUUAAUUACCCUAGAACUGAUGACUGAUAUGAGCAAUGACAAAAAGCAUUUUUUUUAUAUGAAUGAUGUUUAGGGAUUUUCUGUUAGUUAGCACUGUUAACCAUUGGGAAAAUGUCAGUAUGUAAGAUAAGUAAAGUAAGAUUUUGCAGAACACUGUAUGCCUUGUUGUUUGAGCUUGGUGAUUGCUCUGGCUGGCUUCAGUAAGUUUAUCCGAUGGUUUUUGUAUCCUUAUUCAAGGAAAAACUGUUUCAGUACUUUUUGUUAAUAUGUCAGUCAAAUGAACAACAGUGAGUGAGCUUGAAUAAGAAAAGAAUCAGAGCCAUGGCCAUAUAACUGCUAUUACAUAAAAACCAAAUAUAUCCAAAAAGCAAGCCAACUUAAACUGUGGUUUAACAAUUCACAAGUGUAAGUUUUUCAGUUUCUGAACCAAGAUUUCCAGUUUGAAUGGAUGUCCAGGUUCAUUAGGGCAUACAUUUUCCCUGUGUACAAAAGUAUUAUUUAUGAAACAUGGUUUCAAAUUAAAAUCUAUGAUACUGACUGAAAUUGACACAUCUAAA